AGAGAGCUGUUGAGGGUAGCCGCUGACCAGCCGCAUGGAGGACCCUACGGUGCCCGGGGCCUCCGGGUCAGGGGGCCUGCCAGCCAAUGGUAACGGCAAUAACGGCAAAGGGAAGCCGGCGGUGCCCAAGGGCCGGGAAGCGUUCCGCAGCCAGCGGCGGGAGUCGGAGGGCUCUGUGGACUGCCCAACUCUGGAAUUUGAGUAUGGAGAUGCAGAUGGCCAUGCAGCGGAGUUAUCAGAAUUGUAUAGCUACACUGAGAACCCGGAAUUCACCACUAACAAGAGGUGCUUUGAAGAAGAUUUCAAGACUCAAGUACAAGGCAAGGAAUGGUUGGAAUUGGAAGAAGAUGCCCAAAAGACCUAUGUGAUGGGACUUCUGGACAGGCUGGAAGUGGUCAGUAGGGAGCAGCGGCUUAAGGUGUCCCGUGCUGUUCUCUACCUAGCCCAAGGUACUUUUGGAGAAUGUGAUUCAGAAGUUGAUGUGCUACACUGGUCCAGGUACAACUGCUUCCUGCUCUACCAGAUGGGAACCUUCUCUAUCUUCCUGGAGCUACUCCACAUGGAAAUUGACAACAGCCAGGCUGGUAGCAGUACACUUCGGAAACCAGCUGUCUCCAUUGCUGAUAGCACAGAGCUCCGGGUGCUGCUGAGUGUCAUGUACCUAAUGGUGGAAAAUAUCCGCCUGGAGCGAGAGAUAGACCCCUGUGGGUGGAGAACAGCUCGAGAGACUUUCCGUACAGAAUUGAGCUUCUCCAUGCAUAAUGAAGAGCCUUUUGCCCUUUUGCUCUUCUCCAUGGUUACCAAGUUCUGUAGUGGCUUGGCCCCCCACUUUCCCAUAAAGAAGGUUCUGCUUCUGCUCUGGAAGGUGGUCAUGUUUACCCUUGGUGGAUUUGAGCAUCUUCAGGCUCUCAAAAUACAGAAGCGGGCAGAACUGGGCCUCCCUCCACUGGCUGAGGACAGUAUCCAGGUGGUGAAGAGCAUGCGUGCUGCCUCCCCGCCCUCUUACACUCUUGACCUUGGGGAGUCUCAGCUGGCACCACCACCCUCCAAGCUGCGAGGCCGACGUGGCUCUCGAAGGCAACUCCUCACUAAGCAGGACAGCCUGGACAUCUACAAUGAACGAGAUCUCUUCAAGACUGAGGAGCCAGCCACAGAAGAGGAAGAGGAUUCUACUGGCGAUGGAGAACGAACCUUGGAUGGAGAAUUAGACCUGCUAGAACAAGACCCUCUGGUGCCACCUCCACCCUCACAGGCACCUCUGUCUUCAGAGCGAGUAACCUUUCCCAAAGGCCUGCCUUGGGCCCCAAAGGUCAGACAGAAGGACAUUGAGCACUUCUUGGAGAUGAGCAGGAACAAGUUCAUUGGAUUCACCCUGGGGCAGGACACAGAUACCUUGGUUGGAUUACCUAGACCCAUCCAUGAGAGUGUGAAGACCCUAAAGCAGCACAAGUAUAUCUCCAUUGCAGAUGUGCAGAUCAAGAAUGAAGAGGAGCUGGAAAAAUGCCCUAUGUCUUUGGGAGAAGAGGUGGUACCAGAAACGCCAUGUGAAAUCCUCUACCAGGGCAUGCUGUAUAGCCUCCCCCAGUACAUGAUUGCUCUGCUUAAGAUUCUGCUGGCUGCUGCCCCAACCUCCAAGGCUAAGACAGACUCUAUCAAUAUCCUGGCAGAUGUCCUGCCUGAAGAGAUGCCUGUCACUGUUCUCCAGAGCAUGAAGCUGGGCAUCGAUGUUAAUAGGCACAAGGAGAUCAUUGUAAAGAGCAUCUCUUCCCUGCUCCUGCUGCUUCUCAAACACUUCAAACUCAACCAUAUCUACCAGUUUGAAUAUGUAUCUCAACAUUUGGUAUUUGCCAACUGCAUCCCCUUGAUCCUGAAGUUCUUCAAUCAAAAUAUCUUGUCCUACAUCACGGCCAAAAACAGCAUUUCGGUCCUGGAUUACCCUUGCUGUACCAUCCAGGAUUUGCCGGAGCUUACUACUGAGAGUCUGGAAGCUGGAGACAACAACCAGUUCUGCUGGAGGAAUCUCUUUUCCUGCAUCAAUCUCCUGAGGUUGCUCAAUAAGCUGACCAAAUGGAAGCAUUCCAGGACCAUGAUGCUGGUGGUGUUUAAAUCAGCUCCAAUCUUAAAGCGGGCACUCAAAGUCAAACAGGCCAUGCUGCAGCUGUAUGUCUUGAAACUGCUAAAGAUUCAGACCAAGUACCUGGGACGCCAGUGGAGGAAGAGCAAUAUGAAAACCAUGUCAGCCAUUUAUCAGAAAGUGCGCCACCGCAUGAAUGAUGACUGGGCUUAUGGGAAUGACAUCGAUGCCAGGCCAUGGGACUUCCAAGCAGAAGAAUGCACCUUGAGGGCCAACAUUGAGGCUUUUAACAGUCGCCGCUAUGACAAACCCCAGGACUCUGAAUUCUCACCCGUGGAUAAUUGCUUGCAGAGUGUGCUAGGGCAGAGGUUAGAUCUGCCUGAAGAUUUCCACUAUUCCUAUGAGCUCUGGCUGGAGAGAGAGGUGUUUUCACAGCCCAUCUGCUGGGAGGAGCUGCUCCAAAAUCACUGACUAAGCUCUUUCAACAGAUCCUCUGGUAGAUGGAGGUUGGCUCCAAUUAAUGGUGCUCUGCCAAUCUGCCCAUCCAGCCUUUGCAUCAGCUCUACAAGGGCAUGUCAAGGGCAGAUUUUGGCCCAGCCUGAGGCAGCCUGUAUAGUCCUGGGCUAUUAGAAUAGCCCAGGGGUUGUUGAGCCUGAAAACGGUGCAUGACUGUCAGGACAAACUGAUCAACUUGCCCUAGGCCCUGUUGGCCUUGGAAACUUCAAGGGCAAGCUCCACAAUGAGACCUGCUUAGUUUUUCCUAGAACCAGGCUAGCCUAUGUUUUCCCCACGAGUAGGAAGAAAUUUGUUCUGACAUAUGACCCUUGGCAUUCAUCACAAGCACUGAGACAGGUGUAGGUCAUAAAACAGGAAGACAUGUUUCUCUAGUUUCCCCUAAAUUCCUAUGACUUCAAAAUAAGUCUGUAUUUUACAGUCUAAAUUUUGACACCUCUUAGUAAAAUCCUCAUCUUUAAGCUGGUUUUAAAGCACCUGCACCUUCUUUGUGAAGGAUGAUGAUUUGCUAUUCCCAGAAUACUGCAUGUUGCAUAAAGUGUAUUGUGGAGAGUUUUUCAAUUUCCUGAGAUCUGUGUUCAAUAUGAAAAUGACUUCCUUGUGCACUGCACAGGGCAUGGAGUGCUCACUGUUUGUAAAGAGCCACAACCAGUAGGAAAUAGGCCUUCUCUAAGGGUGUUUCAUGUUUUUCUGAAAUUAGUUCAGUCUUAAGAUGGCUGAGUGCACUGCAGAAAAUUAGCCUUUCAUCCAAUUCUUUCUUAAAUGACACGUUAACUACAGGAGGUUUUAUUUAUUGAGAAAGCUGGUCCAUUUGUGCUGAUUAGUUUUAAUUGAAAAGAACAGUAAGAGCAUCACAGCUCACCUCUGUUUUCUUCUCCAAUGUUGGCUUUUUUAAAAAAACUGUUAGUGGUUUCAAAUGUUUCACAUAGAGGGAGAUUGAGCAGUAUUGUUUCUACCUAAAAGUAUUACACAUUAAUUGAAAAUAUGAAGGUUGGUAUAACAGCCUCUUUGUACUUUCACAGCAGAAUCUUACACUUCCCAAAAAUAAAAGUUUG